UAACUCAUUUAGCAUGAUGCCAAUGUGGCGCUAACCCUGUCAUUCAACUAUUUUAUAUUAGAGUAUUUUCUUAAAUAAUGGCGUUAUCUAAAGGCACCAGCACCUACAAUAGAUUGAAUUGGGAAGAUUCUGAAUUUCCCAUUUUGUGCCAAACAUGUUUAGGAGAUAAUCCAUAUAUACGAAUGACUAGAGAAAAAUGGGGUCAGGAAUGUAAAAUAUGUGAAAGGCCUUUUACCAUAUUUCGAUGGUGUCCAGGAGCACAUAUGAGAUUUAAGAAAACUGAAAUAUGUCAAACAUGUUCCAAAUUAAAAAAUAUAUGUCAAACAUGUUUAUUAGACUUAGAAUAUGGCUUACCCACUCAAGUUAGAGAUGAAGCUCUAAAAAUUAAAGAUGAUUUGCCUAGAUCAACGGUUAAUAAAGAAUAUUUUAUUCAAAAUAUUGAAAAAGAAUUAGCUGAAACCAGUAAUCCACUUGGAAAAAUGCAAAGCCCAAGUGAUACUUUAAUGAAGUUGGCCAGAACAGCACCCUAUUAUAAAAGAAAUAGACCUCAUAUAUGCUCCUUUUGGGUAAAAGGGGAAUGUAAAAGAGGAGAAGAAUGCCCUUAUAGACACGAGAAACCAAGUGAUCCAGAUGAUCCUUUAUCGGAUCAAAAUAUAAAGGAUAGGUAUUACGGAGUAAAUGAUCCUGUUGCAGAAAAAUUACUUAGAAGAGCUUCAGACCUUCCCAGGCUUGAACCUCCAGAUGAUAAAACUAUUACCACAUUAUAUGUCAGCAAUUUGGGAGAAGACAAAAUCACGGAGAAAGAUUUAAGGAACUAUUUCUAUCAAUUUGGGGAAAUUAGAUCAGUGUCUAUAGUAUCAAAACAACAAUGUGCUUUUAUCCAAUACACCACCAGACAAGCUGCCGAAAAUGCAGCUUUGCAUAGUUACAACAAAUUAAUUCUUUGUGGAAGAAGGUUGGUAUUGAGAUGGGGAAAAUCCCACAGUCAAAUUACCAAAAAGGGUGACCUAAAUUUAACAGACAUACCGAAUUUAUUGCCUCCUGUACCCGGAUUACCUCCACCUCUGAUGACUAAAGAUACUAAAAUUAAUUUUAUCGCUCCUCCAGUAUUUUUGGAUCACAAAAUAUCUAACAUUCAUUAUCCAUCUCAAAAUCCCCAAAGGGAAGGGGCAGAUAUAUUUAGAUGAACAUAUAUUUUUUAAAUUUAUAUAUUUUAUUACUGUAAACUUAUAUAUAUGAAAUAAAUUUAUUCUUGU